AUGGCUGGGAUCCAUCAGGAAUCCUUCCAGAUGUCAUUAUCAAUGACUCACUGUCCGAUGCCUUGGCCCCCGGAUAUGCUCUCAUCGCCUGAGAGGCGUUUCCUCUGGCAGUAUUUCCUGCACAUCACGAAGGAUGGAUUUCUGUGCCUCGACGAACAAAACCUAUCUAGGUUCCAAGGAUCUCAGGACCCAUUUAUAGCCACUAUCCCACAAAUGGCGAUUUCGAACGAAAGUUUACGGUCCGCGGUCUUCUGUUUUGCUGCGUUUCAGUACAACACCAAUAGGAGUGGCAAUGAAUUCCAGCAACUCGUUAGGGAUUGCUCAAAAAGAGCUUCUGUUGCCCUGAAAUCAAAAACGCCAUCACUUGGUGCACAAAGCUGGUCUCUAUUCUCAAUCGUUGCAUGCGGAAUAUUCCUACACCACUUUAGCCAGGAUGACUCCGAAGAAUAUUUGCAUUACGCAGGCACACUUGCUAUCGGCUUUUCUACACGUCCACAAUCCUCCUCAGAUCUUCUCGCACCGUUCAUCCAGCUAAUACUUUCCAUGUUGCGAUGGAGUAUUAUAUCCACCGUAUGCUCAUUUCAGAGUUCUCGAGAACCGGUGAGCGAUAAGAUCUACCGUGGGUUGGAGAUGCGAAGAGAAGAGAUUGAGCACAACUAUCUACCUUCCUUCCGCGACUGGACAAAUCACCCAAUCUACGCAUUUUCUCCUCGUCUCGUCAAUCCCCUUCUUCGCCUAGCCAGGCUUCUCGACAUUCAGAAGUCUCACUUGACCGUCAAUCAAUACAUAUCGGAUGCAUCAAUGGGAAUGGAAAUGAUAAAGCUAGAAGAAGAACUUCUUACCGCUAGAGAAGCUGAUCUGGAUCUUUCCAAAACAGGCACCACUGACCCCAAGGAACUGCGGUCUCUGAACGAGGCCAUGCAUUCAGCAGCAUUCCUACUCUUCUACGCGCGCCUUAAAGGCAUGCCGUUUACAGCUCCUCUGGUACGCAAGAAGGUGCAGGUUAUCGUGUCCGAAAUUGGGAAGAUUCCUGUCACAUCUCGUGUUUCUCAUGCCGUUUUGUUUCCACUUUUUAUUGCUGGCUGCGAAGCCGUCGAAGGUGAGGCGAGGAGAAGAAUUCUUGAACGGCUUCGUACACCAAGGGGUCUUACGUACAAUCGAAAAGAUGUAUGCCUCUCGUUGGAGCAUGUGUGGCAAAUACGAGACCUUGAACCAGGAAGCAGGUGGCCCGACUGGUUCUACAAAUUGGAACCGGACUUUUGCAUCGAUUCCUUAUUCUAG